CUUACCUGUCAGACGGUGGUCGAGUGACUCAAAGUGAGUGGAGGAGUUUGUGUCAGAUUCGGUUGUGUUGCAGCCGUGGGCUGAACUCGUUUAAUUCGCAGACAGAUGCGUCUCUGAUUGCGCAAACUGGCUUGGGGCUUGAGUAGAGACUUCUCGAGCACAAUGAGGAUCGGCUAUCGGAGAAUCCGGAAGCUGUGGCUCAUUUACCUCUUCCUCCUGUUCUUCGCCUUCUUCAUGUUUGCAGUGAGCAUCAAUGUCUACCUGCAGAGUCUCAAUGUCUCAGAUAUGAGGAAAAGGGACGCAAAGUACCACCAGAAACUCCGUGAAAAAAGCUCGAAAAACGUUAUCGUGGCGCACUACAUCGGGGCAGGAAGCAUCUUUGGCAAUGCAACGAAAGAUGACUUCAAUCAGAACAAUUUCAAUCCUGUGGAGGCUGAGGGUGCCAAUGGGAAGCCCGUGGUAAUCCCCCCCAGGGAGAGUCUUAUCAUGCAACGGAUGUUCCAGGUCAAUCGAUUCAACCUGCUCGCGAGCGAUCGAAUUCCCUUGAAUCGGACGUUGCCGGAUUAUAGGAAGAAAGAAUGUGUUGCCAAGGAGUAUCUCAAACACCUUCCCACCACUUCCAUCAUAAUCGUUUUUCACAAUGAAGCAUGGUCGGUGCUAUUGAGGACUGUGUGGAGUGCCAUAAAUCGAUCGCCGAGGCAUUUGCUGAAGGAAAUUAUUCUAGUGGAUGAUGCCAGCGAACGGGAUUUCUUGAAAGAGGACUUGGAGAACUACGUUGCCACUUUACCCGUUCCAACAAGAAUUCUACGUCUUUCCGAAAGAAAAGGAUUGGUGAAUGCCCGAUUGCUUGGAGCGGAUAAAGCCAAAGGCGAGGUCUUAACUUUCCUGGAUGCCCACUGCGAAUGCACUAAGGGUUGGCUCGAGCCAAUUUUAGCUCGAAUCAAAGAAAAUCGACGAAGUGUAAUGUGCCCAGUUAUUGAUAUCAUAUCCGAUGAUAACUUUGGCUACCAGAAGUCGUUUGAGUAUCAUUGGGGUGCAUUCAAUUGGGAACUGCAUUUUAGGUGGUUUGUGUUAGGGAAAUCAGAAAUCGAUAAACAAACGACAGAUUUAUCGGCGCCAUUUCCAACACCGGGCAUGGCUGGCGGCUUAUUUUCAAUAGAUCGAAGUUACUUCUAUGAAGUAGGUGCUUAUGACCCCAACAUGAAGAUAUGGGGUGGGGAAAAUGUCGAGAUGUCCUUCCGCAUUUGGCAAUGUGGAGGUUCUAUUGAAAUUUCACCGUGUUCACACGUUGGUCAUCUUUUCCGAAAAAGCUCCCCAUACACAUUUCCGGGUGGGGUUGGACAAGUGCUAAGUGAAAAUUUGGCACGCGCCGCACUGGUUUGGAUGGACGAAUGGGCAAACUUCUAUUUUCGCUAUACUUCACUUGAUGUGUCUUCAAGAGAUAAAUAUGAUGUUGCUGAUCGUCUCGCACUACGAAAACGACUUCACUGUAAAUCCUUCAAUUGGUAUUUGGAGAAUAUAUGGCCGAAUAACUUCUUCCCAGGACACAAUCGCUUUUUCGGAAAAAUAUUCACGUUAGACAAUGAAACUCCUAUCACGAAGGCGUUUGAUAACUACAUAUUACAACACGGUGUCAGAUCUCGCCAAAUGUCUUGGGAAAACCUUUUCACCACCUUAAAACCUAUGUCCAAUGUAUUGCGUAGUUCUUUGGAUGGCGAGAAUGACCUCUGCAUUCAGAAAACGACGAAUCAAUCAGCUUUGAGUAUGGCGAUUGCUUCUGCUGUUGUUGGUAAUUGCAAUCGUGAUCCAAGACUGCAAAAUCUGUUUGUAAUUACUCCGAAGGGGCAGAUAAUGACCAACGAGGGUAUCUGCCUUGACUCCUUCGACAUACCAGCAGACAUGACAGGAAUCGUAAGAAUCACUGAGUGCCAUAAUACCUUACGACAAAAAUGGGAAUAUGACGUGAUGACCCAACAAAUACGUCAUCAAGGCUCAAAGCUUUGUUUAACAGUAACCGAGGGAGGAGAUCGAGACGUUAUGGCAAAAAAAUGCAAUAACGAAAAUAGCCAACGAUGGGGUUUUGUUCCGCUGCCAUGGAAAGAGACGACUUAAUUGUGCUUAUUACAAACGACAAAUAAUUUAAUUUAGUGCAUUAUAGGUUAGGGAAUUAACUUAUUUUUAUGAAAAAUAGACUCAUAUUUUUAUAACAAGUA